GUGUUUGAGCAAAAAGACAAAGUGCUUUUCCAUUUUUUUCUGCCCCGACUUGCCGCCGCCCGGUGGGCCAAUCAAACCUUGGAUAUUUCGGAGGUCAUCGAAAGUCAUGGACUGCCGCAGGGAACGACGGCCAGAUUUCAACCUUUUCGCAUGUUGAUUAGAUCUUCUUCUUAUAUAAUUUUGUUGUUUCGGUUGUAUUUUUGAUAACAAGGCUUCUUCUUAUAGAGAGUGACGAGCUGUAUUCGCCUGACGACCAUUUUCUUCAUCACCAGAUCACCCGCUACUAUCGCAAUCCCACCAUUCAACUACAUAAUGGCCUCCCAAACCGCCCUUUCCGCACGCAGUGCUUACCGCCAACUCCUCCGCGCUACCCGUGUUGCCUUCCAGGAUGAUGUCCGUGUUAUGAUCGCUGCGCGUCAAGAGGCUCGCCGCAAUUUCGACAGUCACCGCCGCGAAGGCAUUGAUACUCCGAUGCAGAUCAACCAUGCGCUCGAAGUGGCGAACAUUCUCAGACACAACAUUGUCCAGGGUGUACGGGAACAAGGCGAUGAGAAUGCCAAGUGGGAACUCCGCAUUCAUGACGACAUCGAGCGCGGUGAUAACGACACCAUCAGAGUCAAGGGAAAGACUGUCAAGGUGGAUAAGGCAUGCUCGUCAUAGAGGGAGGUUUCCCGGUGUGGAAUCUGACCGUCUGGAAGCCUAUGCGUGGGUGAAAGGAUGACUGCAGACUAUGGCAUUUGCAGAUUGUAUUAUAGUAUACCCAAACU